AAAGAUGUAGCUGUACCCGGAGAUCAAACUGGGAAACUCGACCAGUGCGUUGCGCAGCUCCGAGUCUGCUACCUAAGCGUUGUGCUCUGUUUCCUCCUCUCCCUCUUUCUUCCCUCUUUCGAGACCAGCCUUAUCACUCUUCUCAGCGGGUUCCACGUCGGAGCAGGAAGACCGCCGGAUUUCCUCCCCUCCCCCGAAGACGGACUGGCUGGGUUUUGUAUUCCCGGGAGCUGAGGGAGAGGAACUAAAACCCAAGAGGAGAAGGCUGCUCACCCUUUAAGCGAAGGAGACGCGAUUGCCAUCCAGGCGGCGGGCCUGGGAAGCAGGGCGGCAGAGGGGAGGGAGACGUGGGGAAAUUAGAAAAACAAAAUGCAGGUGUAAGUAAACCCGCCCGCUCUAUUGCUGUUUUGGUCGACAACAACUCGGAAGGGAGGACCGCCAAUCCAUUUGGAGAGGGGGGCUGCUUUCCUUACCUAUUCUGCAGCGGGCGGGCGCUCCCAAGGUUAAGCCCCCUCCCGCCCCGUAUGAGGGCGGCGGUGGGGACUGAUCCUGCCCUGUCGGCGCCCGGGGGACUUAGCAGCGCCUGCCCGAUGGCGACGAGCCGGUGCUAAGGCGGGGGUCUUCACGGGAGCGGAGAUCCAGGGCAGCGGAUCCGGGGUGGCGGGCGGCCGCGGAAGGCCGGUGGCGAUGAGUUUGGUAGGUGGCUUCCCACACCACUCGGUGGUCCACCAUGACGGCUACCCCUUCGCCGCCGCGGCCGCCGCGGCCGCCGCCAGCCGCUGCAGCCACGAGGAGAACCCCUACUUCCACGGCUGGUUGAUCAGCAGCCACCCUUCGGAGAUGUCUCCGCCCGACUAUAGCAUGGCGCUCUCCUACAGCCCCGAGUACGCCAACGGAGCGCCAGGCCUGGAGCAUCCGCACCACUACGUGGGCGGCGUGGCUCCCCCUGGUAGUGGCGGCGGGCCGCCGGGCUUGGGGGGCGGCCCCCGACCGGUCAAACGGCGUGGCACGGCCAACCGCAAGGAGCGGCGCAGGACUCAGAGCAUCAACAGCGCCUUCGCCGAGCUGCGCGAGUGCAUCCCCAACGUCCCGGCCGACACCAAGCUCUCCAAGAUCAAGACGCUGCGUUUGGCCACCAGCUACAUCGCCUACCUCAUGGACCUCCUGGCCAAGGACGACGCCAAUGGCGAGGCCGAGGCCUUCAAGGCUGAGAUCAAGAAGACCGACCUCAAGGAGGACAAGAGGAAGAAGGAGCUGAACGAGAUCUUGAAAAGCACAGUGAGCAGCAACGACAAGAAAACCAAGGGAAGGACUGGCUGGCCCCAGCACGUUUGGGCUCUGGAGCUCAAGCAGUGAAAGCGGAGCGUGAAGAGUGGAGAACUCGUCCCUUCUGGGACUCUGGACCUUCCAAGCGAGGUUGCUGAGCUGAGGACUUUUCCUUCUUGCCCUUGUUUUGGAAUCCUAUGGUUUAUUUAUGUGCAAUUUCCCUCCCCUAGUCUUUCUUCUUAAAAACAAAAUGUGGAUCCUGGAAGAAAAGCAAUCCAUCUUUCAAUGAAGUAAAUGAAGAGGAAAACUCAAGCGUGGUAAGAAGAAACACGCGGUCCAAAUGGUGGUUCCCCCUUCUAUCGUGAUGAAUGCUACCCUUGCUUUGUUUGUAUACCCAGGGAACAAAAAGACAUCAAAAUCAAAAAUGAAGGCAUUAGUGUGUAAUAUGAAGUGUAUACCUUUAAUACCUGCUCUGUUUUGAAUGAUUGUGGAGGAUAACUCUAAUCCAAAGCAGUUGCUUCCCCUGGUUCCCCCCCCCUCCUCAGGUUUCCUAUCUUACCCGAGGUAGGACUUCAGAUUGUAAGAGUUCUCCCUCCCCUCCCUUCCCCUCCACCCACCAGUGAAGAAAAGAGUGUCUAACAGUUCUUUGUUAAUCUGCACUUCAGUCCUAAAAGAAGCAAAGCAAAAAUUAAAAUUAAGCAAACUACAA